AUGAAGGUUGGGGAUCUUGAAUCCACAAAUGCUUUGUGUGAUCUUGGGGCUAGUGUUAGCCUUAUGCCUCACUCUAUGGCCAAAAGGUUGAGUUUUGGGGAGAUAAGCCCCACCAAAAUGUCAAUUCAACUAGCCAACCGCUCGGUUAGAGUCCCAUUGGGAGUCUUAAAGGACAUCCCGAUUCAAGUGGGAAAAGUUCUUGUGCCAUGCAAUUUUGUAAUCAUGGAGAUGGAUGAGGAUUCUAAAAUUCCUCUCAUAUUAAGUAGGCCCUUUUUGAAAACUGUGGGUGUUAAUAUUGACAUGAAACAAGGGCGGCUUACUUUACAUGUUGGGGAUGAAAGAAUCUCUUUCUCGUUUCCGGAAACGUUGAAUGACCCCAUGGUUAAACAAGUUCAUCGGAUUGAUGAUUUGGUUAAUACUUUGAAAGAAGACAUAGAGGAGUCAUAA